AUGUUUAAUUGUUUACAUGUUGAUAUUUUAGAGUUAGUGAGGCAGCUCAACAGCCAGCAGAAGUUAUCCACAUUAGAGAGUGACGCAAAUCCUGCCGCGAAUGUGAACAAGCCGAAGCCUCCCGUCAUCAUCACCCGGGAGAGCGCCAACACACUCCGGGCCCACAUCCUCGAGGUCGCCAGCGGGUGCGACGUCUUCGAGGCCGUUGCCACCUACGCCCGCCGCCGCCAGCGCGGGAUCUGCGUCCUCAGCGGCACCGGCACCGUCAACAACGUCACCCUCCGGCAGCCCUCUCCGGCGGGCGGCGUCGCCGCCCUCCACGGCCGGUUCGAGAUCCUCUCCCUGUCGGGCUCUUUCCUCCCGCCUCCGGCGCCUCCGGGGGCCACCAGCCUCACCAUAUACCUCGCCGGCGGGCAGGGGCAAGUCGUCGGAGGCAGCGUCGUCGGGGCCCUGAUCGCCGCCGGCCCCGUCAUCAUCAUCGCCUCGUCGUUCACCAACGUGGCCUACGAGCGGCUGCCGCUCGAGGAGGAGGAGAUGGCGGCGGCACCGCCGCCUCCGCCGACGGCGAGCGGCGGAGGGAUCAACGGGGGACAGUACCCCGACCCGUCAUCGAUCGGGCUGCCCUUCUUGAACCUGCCAAUUAACAACGGGAUGCCGAACGGACAGCUCCCGCUGGACGGCACGUGGGCCGGGAACACCGGCGGCGGCCGGCCGCCGUAUUAG